AUGCUUGGCCAGCGUGCAUGUCAGCUCUGCGUCCGUGCAGGGGAGCCGUCGAUUGGUCGCCGCCGGGCAGCUCGGGAUUCUCGAGGUCGAGGAAGCUUUUUCCCUUCUGCUGCGUCACCCUGCGUUGCGAGCGGGGCAGCCACGCAGGGGAGCUUCUGCUUGCUGCGUGCGUCUCCGUCGUUCUGCACAAGCUCCAGCUCCAGGGGGGUGCGAUGGGCCAUCAGGACUAUGUCGGAUGACAACACCGAUAAUUCAGGCAAUAGCACUCGCCUGUUUAGUGCUGUUCUAUCUUUCUUGAAGAAGUUGACUGACAAGCUGAAGAAACUAAGAAGAGGGUUUCCUGUGAAGAUCUUGUUCUUCCUGAUAGGAUUUUACUGCGCCACGGCAUUUGCUACUGUCAUUGGCCAAACGGGCGACUGGGACAUAUUAUCUGCUGGCCUUGCCGUAGCCAUCGUCGAGGUUAUUGGUGCUCUAAUGUACAGGGCUUCGUUUGCGUUUCUCGGCGGGAUGAAGAACAUGAUUGCGAUAUUCAAUUACUGGAAAGCCGGGCUCACACUCGGACUGUUCUUGGAUUCGUUCAAAUAUGAAGUGGAUGAAUUCCUUGAAUCAUGUAAUCCGUUCCACUUUGAGGUUGAUAAUAUAUUUACUGGGAUUUGGUAAA